UUUUUUUUUUAAACCUUAAGGUUCCCCACCUCUACUUAGAAGCUGAAUUGUUUUCUUUUUUAAACUUUUUUUAACUUUUUAACAAGUUUCUGUUGCACUGUGUUUCAGUUUUAUCACAACCCCCAAGUACUUCGCUCCACCCACAAUUUUAAAGUUACACAGAUGCUCUUGUUCCUCCUCUUUGUCGUAAUCAUUUUCUGUCUCGUCCAGUGCCCUGGAUCAUCCCCGUUCCCCCAGAUGCCCAUGGACGAAUUUUGGAUCCCUCUUCUCACCACGCUCAUUCUCCUCCACCAAACCACGAGCGCCAGCGACACCCCGGAGCUGAUCAGGGCCGUGGGCGGGUCCGUGACCUUCCACAUCCAGGACACGUCAGGAGGAGAUGCAGCAAUCUGGAUUUUUGGGAAUGUACCCAUAGUGACCGUGUCAUUUAAAAAUCCUUCUAAACACAUAUUUACAAAUGACAAAUUUGAAAAACGUUUUGCUGUCUCCAAGGACGGCCGUGCGCUCAGCAUCUCCCAGCUGACGCUGGAGGAUGCCGGGAACUACUCUGUAAUCAUUGGGGAAAAAAGAUCCACCUUCCCCCUCCAUGUGUACAGGGAGCUGGCAGAGCCCACAGUGACCUGCGAGGCCCAGAACUGCUCCUCAGACGGGAGCUGCCACUUCUCCCUGCGCUGCUCCGUGUCUGGCACUGACCUUGGGAAGAUCUCCUACAUCUGGAGAGUGGGAGAUCAGCCACGGGACGAGGGUCGCAUGGUGGUGUUGGUGAAUAAAUCCUCCUUGGAGGAGCCAGAGCCGCUGACGUGCAUGGCACGGAACCCUGUGAGCAUCAGGAACGUCACUGUCACCACCCCCGACAUGCUCUGCACAGGAUGCAGCAGCAGCUCUGACCCCUGUCCCUGUUCUCUUCCCUCACCAGAAUCUUCCACGCACCCUCCCGGUCUCGGCACCCUCUCCAGCACUGGGGUCACGAUCUGGCUCAUAGCCACCAUUGGAGUCGCGGUGCUUUUUUUGGUUCUCCUCCUGUUCCUCCGUAAAUUCACAGGCUGGAGGAAAUUCCGCCUCUCCAAACCCAAGCCUACGGACACAGAAGUCUCACCCAACACCGUGUACGCUGAGGUGGGCCCUUCCCAGCAGUGCAUCCCUAACGGAAUUAAAGCCAAACCAACGAACGGGGAACUCCCCUCAACCAUUUAUUCCCUGGUCAAGCGUCCAGACCAGGUGGAAAACGGAACAGCGGAAAAUGGCACCGUGACUGGUCUGGAGCUGGUCUAGAAGGACCUGGAACUGCUUUAAAGGAUUUGGACCUGGUUUAGAAUAAUUUGAAUAUGUUUUAGAAUGCCUAGAACUGGUCUAUAAUGACCUGGACCUGAUUUAAAAGGUCUGGAACUGGUCUAGAAUACUUUGAAACUCAUUUAAAGUACCUAGAACUUGUCUAGAAUGACGUGGACCUGAUUUAGAAGGUCUGGGACUGGUCUAGAAUAAUUUGAAUCUCAUUUAAAGUGCCUAGAACUUGUUUAGAAUGACCUGGACCUGGUUUAAAGGUUUGGAACUGAUCCAGAAUAAUUUGAAUCUCAUUUAAAAUACCUAGAACUUGUUUAGAAUGACCUGGGCCUGGUUUAAAAGGUCUGGAACUGGUCUAGAAUACUUUGAAACUCAUUUAAAGUACCUAGAACUUGUCUAGAAUGACGUGGACCUGAUUUAGAAGGUCUGGGACUGGUCUAGAAUAAUUUGAAUCUCAUUUAAAGUGCCUAGAACUUGUUUAGAAUGACCUGGGCCUGGUUUAAAAGGUCUGGAACUGGUCUAGAAUAAUUUGAAUCUCAUUUAAAGUACCUAGAACUUGUCUAGAAUGAUGUGGACCUGGUUUAGAAGGUCUGGGACUGGUCUAGAAUAAUUUGAAUCUCAUUUAAAGUACCUAGAACUUGUUUAGAAUGACCUGGACCUGGUUUAGAAGGACCUGGACCUGUUUUAAGGUCAGACAGACCACAAUGUGACUCUGGAAUGUCUCCAGAACAGUUCAACACCCCCAAUCCCACUCCAGACCUGAAUCUCAGGGAUCUCCCCUUUCCCUCCUCAUCGCUUCUGCCGCAGUUUCUUUCCCAGCAGUCUCAGUUUGGAUUUCAGCAAGGAUUCUGAGCCUUUUGGGUUCUUUCUCCUGGAUUUUGGCAGCUCCCUGGCAUUCAGGCUGCUUUCCUCACCCUCUCCUGCCGGGCUACUGAACAAAACUCUGCAGGGACUCCCAGACAGGCUGGAGGAGACUCUCAAGGGUUUUUUUUUCAUGGAAUCUUGGAAUUCCUGAAGCUGGAAAAGCCCUCCAGGACCAUCAAUUCCAGCCUGGGACUAAUCCUGGUCACCCAGACCAAUAUCCAGGGGGUUCCUCGGACUCCUCCAGGGAUGGGCAGCUCCAAACUGGCUCCUUUUGUGUUUGAAAAAUCGACAUAUAUUGUACAUAUAUUAUGUAAAAUCAAUUACCUGUGGACAACACUUUCAAAAAUUUCAUUAUCUUUUUAAUCCCCUGUUUCUGCCGUGUUUUGAAUCUUGCAAAGCUUGCGGUUCUUGGCUGAAAAGAGCAAGAAAUGAAUGCAGGAAGUUGAA